AUGGCUUCCUCCACCACAUCCUCGGACACUCUGUCGUCCACCCUCACGGACGCUCUGUCGUCCACCCUCUCGGACACCAUAUCGGCCACCAUCUCGUCCACCCUCUCGUCGUCGAGCUCCGCCACCUCGUCCUCGUCGUCGGCGGCGGCGACGACGACGCAGCGGGCGCCCCACCAGGGUGGUGUCCUCGAGGGCAGUAACCCGACCGUCUACGAUCCGACGAACCCCAUCAUUCUCUUCAUCAUCCAGGUCUGCAUCAUCGUCAUCGUCUGUCACCUCCUGCAUUGGCCCCUCUCCAAGAUCCGCCAACCUCGCGUCAUCGCCGAGGUCGUUGGCGGCAUCAUCCUCGGUCCCUCCGUCAUGGGCCGCAUCCCCAACUUCAGCGCCACCAUCUUCCCGCCUGCCUCGAUUCCGAACCUGAAUCUCGUCGCCAACCUCGGCCUGGUGCUCUACCUCUUCAUCAUCGGCCUCGAGACCGACGUUCACUUCCUCAUAAGCAACUGGCGCGUCGCCACCUCCGUCGCCAUCUUCGGCCUUGCCCUUCCCUUCGGCCUCGGCUGCGCCCUCGCCUGGGGCGUCUACAAUGCCUUUGACGUCGACGAGCUCGCCAACGUCCGAUUUAGCGUCUUCAUGCUCUUUAUCGGCAUUGCCAUCGCCAUCACCGCCUUCCCCGUCCUCUGCCGCAUCUUGACCGAGCUCAAGCUGCUCGAUACCUCGGUCGGCAUCAUCACCCUCUCCGCCGGCGUCGCCAACGACGUCGUCGGCUGGAUCCUUCUCGCCCUCUGCGUCGCCCUCGUCAACGCCGGCAACGGCCUCACCGCCCUCUGGAUCCUGCUCUGCUGCGUCGGCUACAUGCUCUUUCUCAGCUUCAUCGUCAAGCCCUGUCUCAUCUGGACGCUUCGUCGCACCGGCAGCAUCGAGAAUGAACCGUCCCAGAGCGUCAUCUCCCUCAUCCUCAUCAUCGCCCUCGCCUCGGCCUUCUUCACCGCCAUCAUCGGUGUCCAUGCCAUCUUCGGCGGCUUCAUGGCCGGCCUCAUCAUCCCGCGCGACAACAGGUUCAACAUCCGCGUCAUGGAGAAGCUUGAGGAUCUCAUUGGCGCCAUCUUCCUGCCCCUCUACUUCACCCUCUCCGGCCUCAACACGAACCUCGGCCUGCUCGACUCGGGGCUCGCCUGGGGCUACGUCUUCGCCACCACCAUCGUCGCCAUCGCGAGCAAGAUCAUCGGCGCCUCCAUCGCCGCCCGCAUCAACGGCUUGGUUUGGCGCGAGUCCUUCACCAUCGGCGUCCUCAUGAGCUGCAAGGGUCUCGUCGAGCUCAUCGUCCUCAACAUUGGCCUGCAAGCCAAGAUCCUCACCACCAGGACAUUUACCAUUUUCGUCGUCAUGGCCCUCCUGGCGACCUUUGCCACCACACCCAUCGUCACCGUCCUCUACCCUCCCUCCUAUCAGCAGAAGCUGGAAGCGUGGAAGCGCGGCGAGAUUGACUGGGACACGGGCGCUCCCAUAGUCUCGUCGUCCGAGGGGAGCGACACGGCAAGGAGCGUUUCCUCCAUGAAGCGCCUCAACAGGCUCCUCGUCUACCUCCGCCUCGACAGCAUGCCAGCCCUCCUCAAUCUCCUCUCGCUCCUCGGCAACCCGCAAUCGACGGACAUCAUCACCGAGAAGACGGAGGGCGACGCGUCCGAGGACCUGUUUGAAAACUCGGUCUUCGCCGACGGCCCCAAGCGAGCCGUCUGGGCCCACGGCAUCCGCCUCCUGCAGCUGACGGACCGCGAUUCGUCCGUCAUGACCGUCUCCCAGGUGGCCGAGUACAGCCGGUACGACCCGAUCGUCAACACCUUCCGCACCGUCGGUCAGCUGCACAACCUCGCCGCCUCGGGCGAAGUCGCCAUCAUGCCCGAGACGCGCUUCGCCGAGGCCCUCUCGACCAAGUCGCACAAGAUGUCGGCCGACCUCCUCGUCGUCCCCUGGAGCGAGACGGGCGCGCUGAGCGACUCGCAACUGCUCUCCCCAGCCACCAUCGACGACAAGAUGACGUCGUCGUACGGCACCUUCAUCAAGUCAAUUUUCGACGCAAACGAUCACAACAUUGCCGUCUUCUUCGCCCACAACCACGAGGCCGAGAGCAAGGCGAAGGAGUCGGAGCGCGCCAAGAUGGUGAGGGCCUACUCCUUUGGCGUGCUCAAGGAAGAAAUUCCCGCGGCCCCGCUCUCCAACAAGCCGUAUCACAUCUUCCUACCGUACUUUGGCCACGUGGAUGACGUGCUCGCCCUGCGUCUCGUCCUCCAGCUCUGCGAAAAGUCAAAGGCGACGGCCACCAUCACCCGUCUGUCCACGCCUUCGACGACUUCGGAGCCGUCCACGUCGGCAAUCACGCCGACGCCCGCGUCCGAGGACUUCUUCCAGAUCGCCUCUUCCAAGCUUACCACCGACAUGGCUUCGCGUGUCCGCUUCGACACCGCCACGAACGCGACGACGGCGGAGGAGCUUCUUCAGCAUGCCGCCGCCGCCGCCGCCGCCGUUGAGGAGGGUUCCAAGACGCCGAGCCUCAUUGUCGUCGGCCGCGAAAGCGGCGAGCAGGUCGGCGUCGACGAGAAGGACCAAAAGGCACGCGAGGAGCCGCGGCGCUGCCUCGGCAGCCUGGCCAGUCAUUUCAUCGUCGGCAACGUCCAGGCAGACCUCCUGGUGGUGCAGUCCAAGAAGGUUGAGAACCCUACUUGA